UCUUUCUGAACACAUCACGUUAUAUUUUUGGUUGGACUUCGUUGCGAUAUUCGUUUUAAACAAGAGGUACUUUCCCUUAAGGACAAAUUAUGGGCGAAGAUUUCCCAUCGCGAGGAACACGAUACGAAAAGGAAGUGACGUCGUAAAAGGUUGGGCCUGCUGAGAGGGUUGUGAUUGAGUGAUAUUUCAACGUAAGUUGUGUGUUUAUCGUCCUUGAGAAUCGGUGAAAUCCGAUAAGGUUGACUUCAUGUGAGAAAGCUGUAAUCGACGAAUGCGUAACUGCGUUUUUGCAAAGUUUCUCGAUGGUGAUAGCGCACAAGAAAAGUAUUCUGGGGGACGAAUUUAAUGGAGCCGCGAACACCCACUGCAAGUAUCAAUGGCGGUUCUUACCAAUGUGAUGAAUCGAGUUACCAAGAUACUGGAGUAUUUGAUCGUGACGGGAACAUGUUACCAGACUUACUGGAUUCACAAGUAGACAGUACAUUGCAAGGAUUAGACAUGGGUGCCAUAAAGAAGAAUUCCUACAACAGAACUAGGGCAGCAAUGGCGGUAAGAACAAACAGGCAAAAUAUUAAAACCUAGUUACAUUUUAAUUCCUGAAGCUUGGUGACUUGUAGUUGGCGGUUUAGUCUAGGCUUAUUACGAUUAUUUAUUUAUCAGUUUUUUCGUUUCCAUGCGAGAAAACAGCUGUGAAUGAAGCUAAUAAUGUGGUUUACCGUUCUUGUCAAAUAUGUUUUUGAUUUUGCUUCAUGUGAUCUCGCGCUCUAAAAUCCAAAGCGGAAAAGCUGUAAAUGGAUUUUGUCGAAGAUUUAUCCCUGAGCAAUUUAACGGAUUGUCAAUCACAGAGAAUCUGUUCGCCCGAAACACAUAUUUAAGAAUUUCACGUCGACCAGCUAUAUUAUACUUUGACUGAGUAUUUCUCCUAAAAGUUGUUCCCUGUGUUGAAAUGUUUUGUUUUCGCUGCAUGCAGACGACAGAAGCUUGAUUUUGCACGCAUUGGCAUAUUUUGUUUCUAAUCAGCCCAGAUGUCAUCUACAAACGUUUUUAAAAUGGUAAUGUAGAAGGUAUUUGAAAAAUAAUCAAGUGUCUCAUACAAGUUGACUUUCUACUUCUUUCCCGUAAAUGUUGUUUGCUUAGUGCCGAAGUGUUAUUAUUAUUUGACAGUUGUUGAGUGGUUUUCACUUUUUAAUGCAAAUGAAAUGUUUGUUUCGGGGGAGUUUCUUCUCUUGAAAUAUUGGUUGAAAUUAUGUUUUCCACAUCUUUGAAGUUCGAUCAAAUUAGGCUUCUUACAGACACAUCCAUGCUGUGUUUUGUGUGUCUUGUUGAAUCUUCUAUCCGGUGUAAUGUAGGAAAUCCAUUACUAUAAAAAUGUUCUAUUUAAAUGUGGCAAGUGGUUUGUGAUAAGAAGCCCCCUAAGAGAGAUAAAAAUGUAACUUUGAACCAUGAGCUUGGAUGUGACCAUGUUGCAAGGAUUUUCUGCCAAGUGUCGUCAUAUAGAUGUAAAAUUUGUUGUCAAUUUUUUGGGGAAGAAAAGCCCAGUUUUCCUUGAUCUGUUGCAACACAUAAUUUUGUAAACUUUGAAAAGUUAUUCUUCGGGGGGACACAGUAGGCAUUUUGAAUAAAAAUAAGACUUUUGUGUAAUGAGCUUAGUACGGCCAGUCUAUUGGUAGUUCUGUCUUUGCAGAUCUCUGGAAAAAUCGCAAGACUUAGUACAAAGAUUACUUAGUACAAAGUUGAUUCAACAUUUCCCUCUUUACACUUAUCACUGUACAUGUGCAGUAAAUUUUAGGAUUCUUUAUAGAUGACAUGAACCUCUUGGAGGUGCAUGUAACUUAAGGAGGAGUCGAGUGCCAGAACAAAACUAUAACAGUUUUUUAUCCCUGAAAAAUCUUUAGUUGGAACUAUUUUGAGGGCUAAAUAUAGCACAUGAAACAGUCAGGUUUCACUUCUCUCCUGAGAAAGAGGUCAGUUGCUCUGAAGAAGCACAAGGUGUUUGGAGGUGUUUACAUAUAUGUUGUUCAUCUAUAGGUCAGAUAAUUUGUUGUCAGAUUGAGUCACUAAAAGAUACUCUGACAGGGGAAGAAGUUCAAUUAAAAACUGAAAGACAUUGGCUAGGCACUAAUUAAAAACAGGCAUUGGUGAAAAAUGAAGGUCAAAUUAUACAAAUGGUGUGGUGUGCAUAUCACUGCGUACAAUCCAAUAGCUUUGUUGUUUUACUGUCCACGUCACCGAGCCUCAACAUUUACGAUUAGGGUUUAUGAUAUUUGGAAAGUGUGGGUAAAUGUAAUAAAAAAGAUGCCAGAGAAAGACUUCCCAAAUAAACGUGUAACUGGGUUUUAGAACUUGAGUGCGUGAUAGACAAUUCAUUAUUAACAUCUUUCAUGUAAGUUUUACUGGUGCACAUUUUACUGUACAUUUAAAAAGAAUUUGCAAGUAGAUGCUUAUUUUGAGGUACGGGUGCAUGUGCAUUGCACUAAAAAAUUAUUUUUCCAUGGAGGCU